GCAGACCAAAUCUUGCAUCUCUGCCCGAAAGAUUCAUCAAUAAGAUUUAUCAAACUCAAAAAUCCAAAAAAGUAAAGUAAUACUAUUAAUAAUUAAUUUAAUAAUGACGAAUUAAAUAGUUAAUAGCAUAGAAAUCAAUAAAAUUUGAGAGCAGUAAAUAAAAAUUUUCGAUUCUUGAAUAAAAGAGGAGUCAAACAUCUAUUAAACAUUUUAACAUCGUCCAAUCUCAAAGCCGAGUGGGACAGGGUGAGCAGAGCAUGCGGAGAAAGUGAGGUUAGACUAGGUUAGGUUAAAUUAGACGUGGUAGGCCUUAAGAAAGGAUUGACAUCUGUAAGAAGCCGAAGUAAAGAAAUUAUCUCAACGAUGUCAAUGGAAGACACGAACGGGAUGUCCAAGAUCACGGGUAAAAUCGCGGAUAUGGAGCUCGAGGAGACGAGCGGCAAGAAGCUGACACACAAAGAGAAGAAGAAGCUGAAGAAGCAGCAGGAAUACGAGAGAACGAUGGAGAUGCUGACGAAGACAGGUGGUCAAGGUCACAGCGAGUUGGAGACUAACUUCACGGUCUCGCAAAGUCAGACUCAGCAACGUGGCAAUCAACAGCUGGACAACGCGGUCGACAUCAAGGUAGAUAACUUCAGUAUAGCAGCCAAGGGCAAAGAGCUGUUCACCAAUGCCAGUUUACUAAUAGCUCAAGGUAGACGCUAUGGCUUAGUAGGACCUAAUGGUCAUGGCAAAACUACUUUGCUCCGUCAUAUAGCCAACAGAGCCUUCAAUAUUCCACCUACCAUAGAUGUUUUAUAUUGCGAGCAAGAAGUUAUAGCUGAUGAUACUCCCGCUGUAGAAGUUGUGCUCAGUGCUGAUGUAAAGUGCAGAGAGCUUCAGGCAGAAUGUAAAAAGCUGGAAGAACUGACUGAACAAGGAGACACUACUAUACAGAAUAGAUUGCAAGAGGUUUACGAAGAAUUAAAGGCCAUCGGCGCGGAUUCGGCAGAGCCGCGAGCUAGGAGAAUCUUGGCUGGUUUGGGGUUCAGUCGAUCGAUGCAAAACCGUGCGACAAAGAACUUCUCCGGUGGCUGGCGAAUGCGCGUCUCACUUGCCAGAGCGCUCUUCCUGGAGCCCACGUUGUUGCUGUUAGACGAACCUACGAAUCACUUGGAUUUAAACGCAGUGAUUUGGCUAGAUAAUUAUUUGCAAGGCUGGAAGAAGACGCUGCUCAUCGUAUCGCACGACCAGAGCUUUUUGGACAACGUGUGCACGGACGUGAUACAUCUGGACCAGCAGAAGCUCUUCUACUACAAGGGCAACUACAGCAUGUUCAAGAAGAUGUACGAACAGAAGCGAAAGGAAAUGAUAAAGGCGUACGAGAAGCAAGAGAAACGAUUGAAGGACCUCAAGGCAGCUGGUCAGAGCAAGAAGCAGGCUGAGAAGAAACAGAAGGAGGCACUCACUAGGAAACAAGAGAAGAAUCGAACAAAAAUGCAGAAGCAAGAGGAGGGCACUGGACCUCAGGAGUUGUUACAAAGACCAAAAGAAUACGUGGUGAAGUUCAGCUUCCCGGACCCGCCGCCGCUUCAGCCUCCGAUUCUCGGUCUUCAAAAUGUAACUUUCGCGUAUGAAGGACAGAAGUCGCUGUUCAUCGACGCAGACUUCGGUAUAGAUCUGAACUCCCGGAUAGCCAUAGUAGGUCCCAACGGCGUUGGAAAAUCUACGUUCUUGAAAUUGUUAAUGAGUGACCUAGUGCCUCAGAAAGGAGAUGUUACGAAGAAUCAUCGACUAAGGAUAGGAAGGUUCGAUCAGCACUCGGGCGAGCACUUGACUGCGGAGGAGACGCCGACCGAGUAUCUUAUGCGACUGUUUGACCUGCCGUAUGAGAAAGCGCGCAAACAGCUGGGCACCUUUGGUCUCAGUUCUCACGCGCACACUAUUAAAAUGAAGGAUCUAUCGGGUGGACAGAAAGCGCGAGUAGCGCUAGCCGAGCUGUGCCUGAAUGCGCCGGACGUCGUGAUCCUUGAUGAGCCGACCAACAAUCUAGACAUCGAGUCCAUCGACGCACUUGCCGAUGCCAUCAACGAUUAUAAGGGCGGCGUUAUCAUCGUCUCCCAUGACGAACGGCUGAUCCGCGAUACCGAGUGCUGCCUUUACGUGAUCGAGAACCAGCAGAUCAACGCGAUCGACGGCGACUUUGAUGACUACAGGAAAGAAUUGCUGGAGAGCCUGGGCGAGGUCAUCAACAACCCCAGUAUAGCUGCGAACGCGGCUGUUUUACAAUGAUCGUAGACCAAUUAGAUUACAAUCUCACUGUGGCCUGUGACGUUCGAGAGCUGAACCGCGUUUGUCUUCGCAGAAACGACGAGCCUGCACAUCCUGGAAUCUUUAAACGCGAAUUUUAUAUCAUAGGUCGUGUUCGUAAAAAUAAACUAUGAAAUGCAGAGUCGAGAGGGGAUUAUCUUUCCUGAUCGAUCUCACAUUUUAAGGAAUUGGCAAUGAUAGACCUUGAUUGCUCGAUCGCAUAAAUUCUUAUCUUGUCAGGUAGAAACCUCUGACAAUUCGGAAAAGUAUUAUGUUAAAAUAUGUCUCAAAACAACUUUUAUUAAUACAUUGGAAAUAAGAAAUGUAUAAAUGGCUAAAGAUACUAAUAAAAAUGCAAUUAGUUGUUAGAUUUGAUUUCCGAGUUUGAGCCGCGUGGAUUUUUCUUUGUCUCUGAUUCCAUAUGUGUGUGUGUGUGUGUGUAUGUGUGAGUGUGUGGAAUCAGCAAAAGAAAUCCACACAACUCAAAUCCAAAUCUAAUAUUCAUGGACACCGCGAAAGCCUCAAACAUCAAAUGCAAUCGAUUGUUUUAUUAAACGAACGAUUGUUACAUAUUUCCAAUAUCAAUAAAAUAAAUCUCCACACACGA